CGGCGCUCAUGUUCUGUUGUUGACGUCAAUGGCUGCUUAACAUACGACGACGAUCGAUCUCAGCAACUCCUUGCAGCUGAAGUCACUAUAUUUCCAUCCCACACGUCAUUUUCACAAUGACGCCGAGGGUGACACAUGUCUGCAAGAAAAGGUUCACAUAAAUUGCAGCAGAUAACAAGAGUGAAACUGAAACAACACGAAUCAUGACUUGGAAUAUCCCAUAACAGAAUACUAUGUCCGAUAAAUAUUUCUGUCCACGUCUUAUUGACUACAUCCUGAUAGUGGGCAGUCGACAUCCAAAUAACAACAACAAUGUAGCCCAGACCCCCGAGCUUCUACGACGUUACCCUUUGGAGGAUCAUCACGAUUUUCCUUUGUCGCCAGACGUCAUCUUCUUCUGCCAGCCAGAAGGAUGUAUCAGUGUGGGUCCCAAGCGCAUGAGCUUGAGAGAGACGACUUCAUUUGUGUUCACAUUAACAGAAAAAGACACAGGGAAAGUGCGAUAUGGAAUCUGUGUGAAUUUUUUUCGACCAAUAGAGAGAAAGGUGUCCGAGAAAUCAAAAUCUCUGAGUGCAUCUUGGGCAGAUGAUAAUGGAAAUACGGAACUGGACAGAAGAAAGUCACCUAAAACUAAGCGAAAAUUGAAGACAGCAAGUCGUGUUCGAAAUAAUACUUUAACAUCACUGUGUAUUGUUACUCAUCAUCCAUUCUUCUCAACAUUCCGAGAAUGCCUGUUCAUUCUGCGCAAACUUAUAGACGCUUGCCAUGAUAGAAGUUGUACCAAAAGAAUUGGUGGAUCCAAAGCAAUAUCAAGGGACACAGUUUGGGGAGUGUUGACAGGACAGGGGUCAGACAACCUGACAGGCCUUGUGAUGCAUGAAGUCAAAGAAAUAGAAACAUGGGUUCUGAGACUUCUAAGUGCACCAGUACCUGUCCCUGGGAAGACCAGAGUUGAGGUUCAGGUGUUGCCAAAAGAACUGGAAGCCCCACUGUUGUUUGCCCUGCCCGAUCACACUAGGUUCUCUUAUAUAGAUUUUCCCCUCCAUCUCCCACUAGAACUUCUUGGGGUGGAUACCUGUCUAAAGGUGCUUACUGCCAUCAUGCUGGAAUACAAGGUUGUGAUGCAGUCUCGUGACUACAAUGCCCUCUCUAUGAGUGUGAUGGCCUUUGUUGCUAUGCUGUAUCCUCUAGAAUACAUGUUUCCUGUGAUUCCAUUGCUGCCAACCUGUAUGUCCUCUGCAGAACAGCUGCUCUUAGCCCCAACACCAUUCAUUAUCGGGGUGCCAGCAAGCUUUCUUCCAUACAAGAAUGUUAAACUGCCUGAUGAUGUCUGGCUUGUGGACCUUGACUCAAACAAGAUGACAAUAGGCAGAAAUGAAGAAUUACCUCCCCUGCCUGAACCAGAGGGAACACACUUAAGAAAUCACUUAAAGCAGGCUUUAGCAAGCAUGUCCAUGACCCCACAGCCAAUAAAGAACCUGGAUGCCCUAGCCCAGAAUCCAGAUACCUGGAAGAGACGAGAGAGUUUCUCUUCUCAGACUGGAUUUAAUCCACUUAUUUAUGGGAAUGAUGUGGAUUCUGUUGAUGUAGCAACCAGAGUGGCCAUGAUUCGGUUCCUGAAUUCUUCCAACAUUCUGGGUAAUUUCUCGGAGCACACCAGAACGUUACGACUGUACCCCAGGCCUGUCGUGGCAUUCCAGAUGUACAGUUUUCUCAAGUCUCGCCCAACUCGAAGUCUCUUCACAGCUCGACUUGCUCGCACUCAGGCGGUGGAGUAUUUUGCUGAGUGGAUAUUAAGUCCAAAGAAUGUGGUUUUCCUAAGAGUACAGACUUCAGUGUACGACCCACUUCUGAUUGGUGACAAACCUAAAUGGUACGCCCAUCAGCUCCAACCAAUAGAAUUCAAAGUUUAUGAUGAUGGAUCCUCAUUGGGCACAGCUUUAUCAUCAGCAACUGGCAUUUAUAGUGAUGAAAAUCCAACAGAUGAGAGUGGCAGCGACAGUGACGGGGCUGACAGCACAAGCUCCUCCUACUCAUCUCUGAGUGAUUACGUCACUGAUAUGAUCAACAGCGAAAUAGAUGGGGACACACCAGACGUGACAGGGAGUGCAUUUGUUCCUGAGAAUCAGGUUCUUGCAGUAGAUGAGUCUAAGGUAUACUCCCCUCCAGAUAAACUUCAGCUUCCCGAGACGUCUGUCACAACCAGUGACUCCGCCUUCUCCAUGCUGGAAAGUGAUCUCAGUAGCUCAGAAUCCUCCAGUCCAACAUACAGCAAAGACCCCCCUGGUCAAGGUCAGGAAGAGGUCAACAAACCACAGAUCAAAGGUCAACCUCCUGCAGAGCUUGGUGGUGAAAGAUUUCGGUAUGAUUCUGGUAAUGUCACCCCAACUCUAAAUUCUUUAACAAGUCGAACAGAGAGCGUUGGCUCAAACAACAGUACUCCAGAGCUACCAAAGAGGCCACCUCUACAGCCAUUGACUCGAAGUUUGAAUUCAGCUUUUGAAGCUUAUGAGAAGCCACUGUCAUCUGGCAUUAGGGGAACAGAAAACUUAGGAAUUCCAAAUUUUAGGAAGGAUAGCAGUAGUACCAGGUCUAGUCCACACCCAAAGGGAGAUCGAACAUCAACCCCUGAUUCUUUGAUGUCCACAAUAAGUCAUUUCAGUAAUGAGUUGACAGACAUUGCACAGUCUGCAAGCACAACAAUGUCAGAAUUUUUUGCUUCAGAUGAGGAGGAGGUGCUUGAACGGAGAUCAGACCCUGGAUCGACAAGAUCACCACACACAACUCAACAAAAGUCUGCUAAACCAUUUGCUCCUCUUGGAAAUCGUAAAGCCUUGGUAGAAAAGUCGGGAUUAGUUAAACAUGCCACUAACAGGAAACAGAAAGAGGCUGGGGUAAAACCAGGCUCCUCAGACAACAGGAGUGUUUCUAACAGUGAGAACCAGAUGUUUCUUAAGGAAGUAGUAAACAGUGUCCUGGAGGGUCAGGGUGUCAGCUGGCUAAAACUAGGGAGGAUCCGUAAAUUGAUGGAGGACGAGAACUACAGAAAUUUCAUCGUCAGCAGACUGAAUCGUAACUUGGACAAGAAAUUGUCAGAUGAUAUCCCUCACCUAGAAGAUGUGCCCCUGAACAAGCCAGUAUACAAGGGUAUGUUGACACUGGUGAAGGCCAUUAUCCAUGGUCUGGAGCACACCUACCAGAACCAUGGACUUGGAGGCAUGGCCAGUGCCUUCAUGCUGCUGGAAAUCAUUCAUACUCAUUACUGGAAUAAAGAAAACAUUGCAGGCAGUGUACAAAGCAGUGCUCCAUCUGAGGUGUCCUCUCCUGCUGGUAGUCCUGAGAGCUCAAUAAAGAGUGAAGACUCACCACAGCAGUCAGAAACACACAGUCUACAGGACGAGCAGAUGGUCACAUUAGGCUCUCAACGUUCAGGGUGGUGGUCAGAACGACCCACUUCUUCCUCUGCAGCCUACCAUUUUUCUGACCUUUCGACCUCUAGAACUGAACCAGGUUCACCUAUAUUGGUCAAUGGAGAGGAAUUUCAGAAUAUAGAAAUUCAUACAACAUCAGAGAAAAGAAGAAGACAGAAAAUGGUUGUGUUAGACCAGAACCGAAACACUGCUAAAAUGUCACCAGGGCAUCACUGUGAUAUAAUUGUAACAAAUUCUCCAAAUGAUCCUAACUCACCCACACAACUGGAUGUGAUGAGACAAAUGGUGAAAAACAAGGAGUUGAUGGGAGAAAUUAACUUUGACAAGCGCUGCAGCAUCGAGUCGGAAAUGUCAGAGGCCAGCACUCUUAUCAGCACCAGCUCAGAAAACAUUGGGGAGGAGGAGGGUCGCAGGAGGAGGAGAAUCAACCACCACAGCAUUCGGAGUACAUUGUCUGAUAGCGAGAUGGAAAUGUCAGGGGUAGUGAACUAUAACAAGAAAAAUAGGUCACCAGGGACCUGGACCAGCAAGAGCAAUCUAAGUACAGGUUAUCGUUAUUACGAUGGAAAAAUGGUCAACACUUCACCAAUUCCACACUCAAGUCACAGUCCAGAAAAUGCCAAACAGUACUUAUUUGAGGCUUUGAUUGGAAAAGAUCGCAGCCGUUUAUGGGAUCAGAUGCAGUUCUGGGAGGAUGUAUUUUUAGAUGCAGUGGCUCAGGAAAGAGAUAUCAUUGGAAUGGAUCAGGGUCCAGCUGAAAUGAUUGACAGGUAUGUGUCAUUGGGAGACUUGGAAAGAAAGAGGUUGGAACACGAUGAGGACAAACUGCUGGCCCACAUGUUGUACAAUAUCACAGCCUUUAUGGUGAUGAUGAGAGUGUCCAAGACAGAGGUCAGGAAGAAGAUCCGGAGACUGCUGGGGAAAUCCCACAUAGGACUGGCCUACAGUGCAGAGGUCAACAAUCUCCUGGACCAGAUAGGGAACCUGCAUGGAAAUGACAUUGAUUUGAGGCCUAUGCAGAGCAGAUUCAUGCAGAAACAGUCUUUCACAGUCCACUGGGGAGGUGAUAACACAGGGGAUAUGUUAUUUAUGGAGGUUUGUGAUGACUGUAUUAUAUUGAGGAGUGUGACAGGGGCUAUCUGUGACAGGUGGUGGUAUGAGAAACUCGUCAACAUGACUUACUGCCCUAAAACCAAAGUCCUGUGUCUGUGGCGGAAGCAUGGGGAGAAAGUCCAGCUAAACCAGUUCUAUACAAAGAAGUGUAGGGAACUUUAUUUCUGUGUCAAAGAAUCUAUGGAAAAAGCAGCAGCAAGGAACAAUGGAAAAUUACCAGGACCAGAGCUUGGUGGGGAAUUCCCUGUCCAAGACAUGAAGUCAGGACAAGGAGGUCUUCUCCAAGUGUGCAUGGAAGGCAUUGGAUUACUCUUGGCCAAUAGCAAGUUAUUUAUUGAGCUAGGUCGAAUCAAGAAAUGUUUCACCCAGAAAGGCGGGAUUUUUGUAUUAGAGGAAUUUGAUUCCAAGGAUCGGCAAGUAAUUCAACACAAAUUCAAGUCCAGAAUGGCCAAUCAGCUGGCAUUCAUGGUUCAUCGCAUCUUUACUGUGCAGCAUGCCCGCUUAAGAUCAUUGAAAGAAAUAGAAAGUCCCUCUGGCAGCUGAUCAGAUUUGUUAUGCUGUCCUCUGUGUUUUCUCCUAUGUUGCAGCAGGAAUGGAGCAACAACAACAGCAACGAAGGCAGAC